AUUAAAUAGAUACGUGGGUUUGAAGCACAAUCUGCAGGCAGGUUGGAUACAUACGUACAUGCUAACGUGAAGGCCGUGAUCUUUCAGCUUCUACCUUAAGAAAACGGCCACCGGCAGGCCACCGAUGUGUUGACCUUCAAUUUGGGACGGCCAUAUAAUAAGGACCCCGAGAAUUGUUUUUCCCGACGAGUACUACUCCUUCAUUCCCUCUGUAAAGCCUUGGCUUAAUUAGCUAAAUUGUAGCGAUAGCUAUUCUCUGCAUCCAAAUCGAGACGAGAAAAGUGAUCACGUGUGCACAUGGCUGCUGCAGCAAAGAAGCUUUAUAACGGUUGUGCAAUGUUUCUCUUGGUUGACAUGGUUGUUUUUAGUUCUCUCAUUAUGGCUGCAGCUGCCACGGGCCCUAAGGACAUGUCAACUGCCAUUCUCAUUAGGGUGGAUCAAUCGGGAAAUGGAGAUUUUAAGAAGAUACAAGAUGCCAUUGAUGCAGUUCCAUCUAAUAACUCUGAAUUGGUUUUCAUUUGGGUCAAGCCAGGGACAUAUAGGGAAAAAAUUGUUGUGCCUGCUGAUAAACCAUUUAUAACUUUGAGUGGCACAAUGGCCUCUAACACCAUCAUAACAUGGGGUGACACCGGGAAGAUACAUGAUUCUGCAACACUCUCCAUAUUGGCUUCCGACUUUGUUGGACGAUAUCUCGUAAUUCAGAAUACAUUUGGGACAUCAGGCAAAGCUGUUGCUCUUAGGGUAUCAGGAGACAGGGCUGCAUUCUAUGGUUGCAGAAUUCUUUCUUAUCAAGAUACUCUCCUGGAUGAUGCUGGCAGACAUUACUACAGCAACUGCUAUAUCGAAGGAGCCACUGAUUUCAUAUGUGGAAACGCUGCUUCCCUCUUUGAAAGGUGCCAUUUGCAUUCACUUUCGAAAGGAGAUGGAGCUAUCACUGCUCAGCAUCGUAAUUCGCCAUCAGAGGACACUGGCUUUACCUUCUUGGGUUGCAAGAUUACUGGUGUUGGAACUGCUAUUCUUGGAAGACCAUGGGGGCCUUACUCUAGGGUGGUGUUUGCCCUAACUUACAUGUCCAGUGUAAUUGUUCCACAGGGCUGGGAUGACUGGGGAGAUCAAAGCAAGCGCAGCACUGUGUACUACGGAGAGUAUCAAUGUUACGGUCCCGGGGCCAAUAAAACGAAGAGGGUUGAAUGGUCAAAAAGUCUAUCCAAUGAAGAUGCUGCACCCUUCUUAACUAAGGACAUAAUUGGGGGGAAAGAUUGGCUUCGACCUGCACAAACACACUUCAAGAGAGGCUCUACAGUUGUCACAGUGAAGGCUAAUGGAAAUAACUAGAGUACUAAAAGCAUUCUCGUACGUAAAUGGUUUGGCUGAUACUUCCAAGCACAUGCAACAUCUUCUGUAGUGUGCUAUUCUUUGUAGUAUACAGCAUUCUUAUUUAUUUGUAGAUGCUGAUCUCGAUAAGCAGCAGUAUAAAUUCACAGUUACAUAUGAAAACAUCUUCAAUAAUGAAUCAAAUUCAAGAUUCUUGCUUUGCUA